AGGCGAGUGCGUCGCAUUGUCUCGUACUGAGUGCGCGUCGAAACGGACAAGUCACAGUCGAGUUGUUUUUAUGAACGUUGUGUCGUGAAUUGCUUUGUUAGAACAAAAACUUUAACUUUUUAUAAUAAAAAUGUAAAGUUUAGUUGAUAUUUAUGGUGUAAAUAGUAGCUUACAGCCCUAAUAGUGUUUGGUUGUUAAUCAUGUCACAAAACACAAAAAGAAGUGGUAAAAUGUUUAGAGGUGAUGGUUCAUGUGUCUGGUGCUUGUAUCUUGUGUAUUUCCUGAUAUUACUGGACUUGGCGACGCGCUGCACCGAAGCUUAUGGAAAUCCCUCUUCAGACUUCAGUAAACAUAGUAUAGUUAGGCCGACAUUUCACCACACUAGGACGAAAAGAGAAAUUACGACGACACAAGAUGAGACGGGUUCACAUCAUCCCGAGGUGACGCUAACAGUGAGCAUAGACGGCGAAGAGCACAAGUUGGACCUGCGACUGAACGAGGCGCUGGUGCCGCGGGGACACUCGCUGAGCUACCAGCAGGGUGGUCGGACCAGGGUUCAUGUGCCAGAGAAAGAGGAGCUAGAUAUAUGCCAGUACUCCGGACGCGUGCGAGGCAAGGCGGGCUCGUGGGCCGCGGUGUCAACCUGCCACGGGGUUAAAGGCGUCAUCUACGAUGGACGACAGCUUCGGUACAUUGAGCCUGCACAUGACAACGAAAUAAACGCGGAGCACUUCCUGUAUUCCCACGAACACUUGGCAAAAGAGCACCGCUGUGGCUACGAAGGCGGCACCACACACAACUCCAGCUUCGACCCUAUGUUGUUCCAACAGAGGACUGAAGAGCUAGCGCGCAAGAGGUCUCGAGUCAGUCGGUACAAACGCGACACCUACGAAGACACGCUAGUCCGAGAGCCGUACAACGCGGACCGUCGCUCGCGCUACGUGGAGCUCGUGCUGGUGGUGGACCACGGGGAGUUCCUCGCCAGCGGCGGAGACCUGCAGCUGGUCCACCGGCAGAUGAAGGACCUGGCCAACAUCAUCAACUCGGUAUACGCUCCGUUAAACAUCUUCAUAGCGCUCGUGGGCGUAGAAAUCUGGUCAGAAAACGACGAAAUCGUGCUGGAAGAGGACGGAGACGCCACUCUCAACAAGUUCCUGCACUACCGGAAGACUGUACUAGUCACUAGGAUACCUAACGACAACGCUCAACUGCUUACCCGGCAGAACUUCAAAGCGGGCGUGGUCGGUAAAGCCCUCAAGGGGUUCAUGUGUUCCUACAACUACUCGGCCGGGGUCGCCACCAACCACUCGCGGGUUAUAGGGCUCGUGGCCAUGACCAUCGCGCACGAGAUGGGACACAACUUCGGCAUGGAGCAUGACCAGGAACCGGACUGCGAGUGUCCCGACAAGAAGUGCAUCAUGAGUCCGUCGAGCACUUCUGUGACGCCGGUACACUGGUCUUCCUGCAGUCUCAAGUCCCUGGCCUUGUCUUUCGAGAGAGGCAUGGACUACUGUCUCAGAAACAAACCCGCGCAGCUGGCCGAGUCCCCGACCUGCGGCAACGGGUUCCUGGAGGAAGGCGAGCAGUGCGACUGCGGCACCGCGCCCGGUGCAUACUCUCCUGAAGACAGCGACCGCAGCGCUUGCACGGCUUGUUGCAAACCUGACUGCACUCUGAGAGCCAACGCCACGUGUGGCCACGGACAGUGCUGCGAUCUGACGACGUGUCGUCCCAAAGCGGCGGGUACAGUAUGCCGCGCCGCCGACCGCGAGUGUGAUUUACCCGAGUACUGCAGCGGCCAUUCGCAGUUCUGUCCGCAUGACGUUCACAAGAUGGACGCCACGCUAUGCGGGAGAGACCAGGCUUACUGCGUGCGUGGUUCAUGUCGGUCACACACAGACCAGUGCAGGCUGCUGUGGGGCGUCACGGGCGCUUCCUCCGAUGACAAGUGUUACAACAACUCCAACAUAAAGGGCGAUGACCACGGCAACUGCGGCUACGACCGCGUGAACCAGAUCUACCGGCGCUGCGCAGCGCAAGACGUGAUGUGCGGCAUGCUGCAGUGUCGCCACCUCAACGAGCGGCUCGAGUUCGGCAUGGAGAACGCGGCAGUACUCACGGCUACCUUCAUCAACAACAACGGUAUAAUAAUUCCUUGCCGCACUGUGAUCAUCGAUCUUGGUCUCAGCGACGUGGAUCCCGGUCUCGUACCCGAUGGUGCUAAGUGUGGACCCGAUAAGAUGUGUAUGCAACAGAAGUGCGUGCCGGUGGACGAGGUGCGAGCGGCCAUGGCGACGCGAGAGGGUUCCGUGUGCCCCUCCAACUGCUCCGGACACGGCAUCUGCAACUCUAACGGGAAUUGUCACUGCGAGGCCGGGUUCGCGCCGCCGCUGUGCGCGCUGCCCGGCCCCGGGGGCUCCCACGACUCGGGCCCUGCUACUGAUCCUAGUGUCCAAAGGAACUUCAUGGUGGUCAUGUACGUGAUCUUCCUCGGGAUCAUACCAGGCAUCCUGCUGGUACUACUCCUGGUCUACUACUCGCGACACAACGUUCUACUCUGGUGGAAGAAACCCCGAAAAUCGGUCCAAUCACCGAAGAGUAGCCUCCAGCACCGCAUCUCCCUCGGCGCACACAAACUCGCCGCUAACUUCACGCCACACCCCCCCCCACCCCCCACCCCCCGCGCCGACGACAGCUCCAGCCUGCUCGACAACACCAGCCCCCCGCCCCUCCACCCCCCCGUCAACUUCUUCGGCAACUUCAAGGGCUUCUCCCUCGCCCCUAUCGAAAAAGAGGAGGACAAGGAACAGGCCAAGGAACCGGUCAAAAGCGCGAAGAUAACACCUGUACAUCGGAGCGGCAGCAGUAGUAACAAUUUAGCCAAUCAGGGCGUUUUAAAGCCUGUUCUGCGCAGCGCGCCGCCUUUGCCAGUAGUUCCAAACAGCCCGAGGACCAGUCCGUCUAUUAAAAGGACCAACAGCUCCGUCCAGAGGAUAAAAGCGCUCAUGAAUGCUGAGAGGGAAGACGGGCCCCCCGUCAUGGCGACCCCGCCGUCUCGCCCGGUCAUAUCCAGCCCUAUACUUGAAGCCUCCACUUGUACGGCCAAGGAGUUGAUAUCCCCGCUCGGCUCGAAGACUUUAGGCCCGGUGCGAGCGGCCCCGAAUGUUCCUACUAUGUCCCCAGAUUUACCAAAGAGACCAUUAAGUAUGCACGCGAGUACGGUCCCCCAGAAACCGCUCCCCGAAGAACCUAAAAAGGUCAAAGAAGGUAUAUCGUUAAACAGGAUAGCAUCCUUCUUGAAACACGACAAGCCGAAGGAAAAGGAACGCAAUCCGGUUGAAAGAAGCCACUCCCUCCCUAAAAACCCUAUUCAUCAGAUAAAAGUACCAAAAGCAGUAGAUAAAGUUGCUCUGAGGAACCUGCAGAUAUCAAAUCCAAUUUUACAGAAGGGAAUCGAACUCCCAGUAGCUACGGUACCGGUUGUCUCAGAUUCUGAGGACGCGGAUGAUCCUAAAGCGUUCGUGAACAGGACUCAAAGUAUGAGAGCGGCGCCGGUUGUGCCUAAAGCGCCUUUACAAACCUUUGGCUCCAUGAGGCAACCCUCAGGUGCCCCGCGACCCGUUUCAGGGGUAGGCCGACCAACCGCCCCACCCCCGCCAGCACCUAUAGAAGAAACUCCAGUCUACCAGAACCCUAAACCGAUAGAUCUUAAACAAACAGACUAUGUCGACUGUAUAGAAGAAAAGCAGGCACCUCUCGCUCAUAUAGACGAAGAAUCCGGCGAUAAUAUCUAUGCUAUUAUUGAGGAAAGCCCCGAGAAACAUUCGAAACCCCUCCCUGGGGUACCUCUGCCUAUAAAAACGAUACCCCAAGCACCACCAGUAGGAUACAACACUCCUAAACCCAUCUCCUGUAAUUCUGGCAGCACAGAAAGCAUGGGUCUCCUUGGAGAAAUCGUUGACGAGAUUCAAAACAGGAACUUUGAUUCUAUAUACUCAGCUUCGACCUUGAGAAAAAAGAAAGGGAGAGCGAAUGAGGGUGACAGAGAUAGCACGUACAUGAACACGGCCCCGGAAAGCGUGUACAGCAACUCUGGAGGAAAAAGUGUCGCUUCUACCACUAGCAGUGGAUACUUACAUCCAUCGGCGGUUAAUGUACCUACGUACUUGAAUAAAGGUAAAGUGGAAAAUAAGCAGGAAGAAAAAGCGCCGCCUUCUCCAAAAGCGAACUCAAAAAUACCACAAUUCGCGAGACAGGUGACUCCCCCUAAUUUGAAGACUUUCAAAACAGUCCCACAGUCACCUAAAGCUGCAAAUAAAAUAAAUCAGAAAAUAACUAACAGUCCAGAUGUGGUGUCAAGCUGUGCUGUGGCUGACAAAACUGUUAAAGCCCCUGACGUUAUAAACAACAAUAAAAUAAGUGAUACUCCGAAAGUAGCCGCGAAACCUAGCAUCACAGCCAAACCUAACGACAAUAGACCGCCUUUGCGGCCCGCUCCGGCUGUCGAUAAAAAACCAACAAUCAAAACUACACUCAAACCGGUCACUAAUGUAAAACCUCAAAUAAACCGUACAAAUUCCAAAGUAGACUCUAACAUAGCUGCUAUAGCGGACAACAUUAAUAAAAACAAACCUAAAGUUGUCCCUAAACCUACGGGUUUGCAAAGAACAGACUCGAAUGUUAAACCUAACGCUAGUAGGUUGACGUCUAAACCGUCAAACGUGGCUAGUUUGCAGCAGAAGUUUGAAAAUAGAAAAUCGAUAGGCAAAGAGCCGGUAGCUAAGAAAUAGUUUUAAGGAAAACUGCUAUUUUUUUGUAUUUAGCUUCAGCAGUUUUAUUU